GGAAAGAAAAGCAAAGCGACGGCUCACCCAAUCCCCAGAGUCUUCUGCUUUCCUCUCCUCCUUCGGCCCCCUCUUCUCACAAGGGGCCGGCUCCUCUCCAACCUCUAGAGGUUCUCUCUUGCCCUGUGAUCCAAUGCCUUUGAUUCUGCAGUGUAGUGCAAUUUGUUUUCAUCCCUAUUCAAACGAGUCUUCCGAGGAGCAGUUCUCUCUCAUCUUUCACAAAGAUAAUAGCAUAUUAUACUGGAAUUAAGAAAGCUGAUGUUUUGAGGUGCAAUCUGGAUGAAGUUGAUUUUUCUAUCUUGCUGAUGGAUGUACAAUUGGAUGCGCAUCACUAAGGGAUAGCAUUUAAAUAUCUUAUAUGUAUCACCAGUAUCCCACUAUUUAGUUUUUUGGAUUGGAAGAUAGCCACUUGCAUUAACCAGUGCCUUCUUCUUGGUUCUUUAUAAGCAUGGGUGCACUUUGCUGCUGUCCUUGUGGAGAAGAUUUUGAAGAAUAUGCCCAUCCAAACAAUCCUAUAUACAGGCACUGCAUAUGCCUUAGAUACUUCUGCCACCAGCUAUUCAGCGGGUAUAGCGCAAUGUUUCAAAGGCUUGAGGGGCGGACAGCCCCUUCCCCUGUUCAAGGGGUAACUCCAUUGGCGCCUACAGGAUUAGGCACUAAUGCAGCUGAAAAUGUCUUGUCUGAAACUUACCACCUUGUUCCCAGACCUGCGCCAUAUGAUGCAGAUCCCAGGUAUUCUCGUUCACAAAGGGAGGGAUUAGUAUCAAGGCGGGAGAAGGGGAUGAGUCUUGUCCAAGAUGAUUCACAGAUGCUUCGAAGGAAUGGAAGUAGUUCAGGCGUGGAACAUUUAGCUGCUGCUAAAAAACGGAAUAGUGCAGAUUCUGAAGAUGAAUGUAAAGUCAAUCGAGCUGAACCAGAUAAAAGUUUAUCUGCCAAAGGCUUUGGUAUGGGUUACAUACUAGCAACAUCAGAAGAUGAGGAUGUCUGCCCAACAUGUCUCGAAGAAUAUACUCCUGACAAUCCUAAGAUUGUGACGAAAUGCUCCCAUCAUUAUCAUCUUGGCUGUAUAUAUGAAUGGAUGGAAAGAAGUGAAAACUGUCCAAUUUGUGGCAAGGAGAUGGACUUCUGUGAGAGCCCUUGAUUGAUCUCGUCGGCUGAAGCAUGGGAUAUGCAAUGCAGGGGGGAUGAAUAUGUAAAUAAAAGCACCGAUCAGGGAAAAAGAAAAAAGCAGCAGCUAUGUAUAAAUUUGCAGUGACCUUUUCAGACAUUCAUACUCGUCCAUUUUUCCAAAAAAUGUAUUGCAGCAUGGAAUGUCUACCACAAAAUGAGGCAGCACUUAUUUUGUUUGUAUAGCGCAUACAAAUUAAGUAUUGUGGUGUCACUGCACUUCUAUUAUGUUCGUUUUUUUUUUCUUUUAAUGAAUGAUUUACUUUUAAUCUUCA